AUGAAGUCGAUCCUGCCCGUCGUAUCCGUCACCCUCAUCUCCCUUCUCGUCGCCGUCCUAGCAAGCUCCAAGCCUAAGCCCAAGUUCGACCCCGUCGACCCCGACGGCCUGCUGCCGAUUCACAGCCUUCCCGGCUGCAUCCGCUGGUGCAUGAAGCACGAGACCUACACGGCAUUGUGGUUCAACAUCUGGACCAUCACGCAGCGCGAGUGGUGCAGUCAAGAGCUGAACAUCGUCAGACACCACUGGAGGCAAAAGAGGUUCGUCCCCUGCGCCAGGCAGAGGUGUCCCUGGGAUGUGACGAACGCGACGGACAUGAAUGCCUGGCAGGACAGCUUUUGCCGGCCGUAUUAUGAUUGA